AUCUUCCUCCCUCACAAAAGAUGACAAAUAAACGAACAAAUUUCUUCUUCUUUUCUCUUCUUCUUCUUCUUCUUCAGUUGCGAACUGAAACUACACUGAAAUAAAACUCCAAAAACUAACUCUAACUACCUAACUAACUAACAAACUAUGUCUAAAACGAUACUUUCUCUUUCUUCUCCUUUCUCCGUUUGUAACAGACUCAAUCCUCUUCUAUUCUACACGCGCCGUCGCACCAUUUCUCAUUCCUCUUAUUCUCGUCGUUUUCGCUUCAACCGCUUCACAACUACACCAAUUCGUCUUCUCACAGUCACUGCUGCAUCAGAGAAUAAUGGUGUCUUUACUUCUCCAGAGAUAGCCAAAUCUUUUGACUUUGCUGCAGAAGAACGCAUUUAUAAUUGGUGGGAGUCUCAAGGGUAUUUUAAGCCAAACUUCGACCGGGGAGGUGAUCCUUUUGUGAUAUCAAUGCCACCUCCAAAUGUUACUGGUUCUCUUCAUAUGGGGCAUGCAAUGUUUGUGACCCUUGAGGAUAUUAUGGUUAGGUACAAUCGCAUGAAGGGAAGACCAACACUUUGGCUUCCUGGGACCGAUCAUGCUGGUAUUGCAACUCAGUUGGUUGUUGAAAGAAUGCUAGCUUCUGAAGGAAUCAAAAGGGUUGAAAUGAGUAGAGAUCAAUUCACAAGUAAAGUUUGGCAGUGGAAAGAGAAGUAUGGUGGAACUAUCACAAAUCAGAUCAAGAGACUUGGUGCUUCGUGUGAUUGGUCAAGAGAGCACUUCACCCUUGAUGAACAGCUAAGUGAAUCUGUAGUUGAGGCAUUUGUUAGGCUUCACGAGAAAGGCUUGAUUUAUCAAGGUUCUUAUAUGGUAAACUGGUCACCAACUCUACAGACUGCUGUUUCUGACUUGGAAGUUGAGUAUUCAGAAGAAUCUGGAUAUCUGUAUCAUAUCAGAUAUCGUGUUGCUGGAGGUUCGAGGGAUGACUGGCUGACUGUAGCUACGACACGUCCAGAGACUCUAUUUGGUGAUGUGGCACUGGCAGUUAAUCCACAGGAUGAUCGUUAUUCCAAGUAUAUUGGUCAAAUGGCAAUUGUGCCUCUGACAUUUGGCCGUAAUGUUCCUAUCAUUUCUGAUAAGCAUGUUGAUAUAGAGUUUGGAACUGGAGUUUUAAAAAUUAGUCCAGGACAUGAUCAUAAUGACUAUCUACUUGCUCGAAAGCUUGGUCUUCCAAUACUCAAUGUGAUGAAUAAGGAUGGCACACUAAAUGAAGUUGCUGGCUUGUACAGUGGUCUUGAUCGAUUUGAAGCCAGAAAAAAACUGUGGGCAGAGCUUGAGGAGACAGGGUUAGCUGUGAAAAAGGAACCACACACUUUACGAGUUCCUAGAUCUCAGCGUGGUGGCGAAGUAAUAGAGCCACUUGUUAGUAAGCAGUGGUUUGUAAGUAUGGAGCCUCUUGCUGAGAAAGCUCUUCAAGCAGUUGAAAAGGGAGAAUUGACAAUAAUUCCCGAAAGAUUUGAGAAGAUUUACAACCAUUGGCUUUCCAAUAUUAAAGAUUGGUGUAUUAGCAGACAACUAUGGUGGGGACACCGGAUACCUGUUUGGUACAUUGAUGGAAAAGACAAAGAAGAGGACUACAUAGUUGCUAGGAAUGCUAAUGAAGCACUUGAAAAAGCACAGAAUAAAUAUGGAAAGGAUGUAGAAAUAUAUCAGGAUCCUGAUGUUCUUGACACAUGGUUUUCAAGCGCAUUGUGGCCUUUUAGUACUCUUGGAUGGCCAGAUUUGUCUGCAGAGGAUUUUAAGAAGUUCUAUCCAACUACAAUGCUUGAAACCGGGCAUGACAUAUUAUUCUUUUGGGUGGCAAGAAUGGUGAUGAUGGGGAUUGAAUUCACUGGGAAAGUUCCAUUUUCUUAUAUUUAUUUGCAUGGACUGAUCAGGGAUUCACAGGGGAGAAAAAUGUCCAAAACAUUGGGAAAUGUGAUCGACCCCCUUGAUACAAUCAAAGAAUUUGGGACGGAUGCUUUACGAUUCACAGUAGCUUUAGGAACAGCCGGCCAGGUUUCUUUUACUGUGUUCAAAAUAUGGGUUAUUAUUUUAUCCAAUGAGGAAGUUGGCUGCAUUAUUGAAGAUCAUGAUGUGAUUUUUUUUUUCUCUUUCUUUCAGGAUCUUAAUUUGUCCACUGAGCGAUUGACCUCCAACAAGGCCUUCACAAACAAAUUGUGGAACGCUGGCAAAUUUGUAUUGCAGAACUUGCCUAAGGAGAAUGAUAUAUCUGCUUGGGAGAAUAUACUCACUUAUAAGUUUGACACUGAAGACUGCGUACUUAAUCUUCCUUUACCAGAGCGUUGGGUGGUGUCAAAACUUCACUUGCUUAUUGAAUCUGUUAGUGCAAGCUAUGACAAAUUUUUCUUUGGAGAAGUGGGGAGAGAAAUAUAUGAUUUUUUUUGGGCUGAUUUUGCUGAUUGGUACAUUGAGGCUAGCAAAGGGAGGCUUUACAACUCUGGAAAUGGUGGCAAUUCUGCUGCUUUAAUGGCUCAGGCUGUUUUAUUGUAUACUUUUGAAAACAUACUCAAAGUGCUUCAUCCUUUCAUGCCAUUUGUAACCGAGGAGCUAUGGCAGGCACUCCCUAACCGGAAGCAUGACCUUAUUGUAUCACCUUGGCCAGAUACCCAGCUUCCAAGGUGUACCAGCUCUAUAAAAAAGUUCGAAAAUUUGCAAACUUUGGUUAGAGCUAUCAGAAAUACUCGGGCAGAAUAUUCCGUUGAGCCUGCAAAGCGAAUAUCAGCGUCUGUGGUUGCAAGCAAUGAAGUUAUUGAAUAUAUUGCUGAAGAAAAAGAGGUUUUAGCACUUCUCUCUCGGCUGGAUCUACAAAAUCUGCAUUUCAUGAAUUCUUCCCCAGGAAAUGCAGACCAAUCAGUUCAUCUUGUGGCGGGUGAAGGACUAGAGGCAUAUCUGCCUUUGGCCGAUAUGGUUGAUAUUUCUGCAGAAGUUGAACGUCUAUCAAAGCGCCUUGUGAAGAUGCAGAAGGAGUAUGAUGGAAUGCUAACUAAACUCAAUUCUCCAAAAUUUGUAGAGAAGGCCCCAGAAGAGGUGGUCCGUGCAGUGCGAGAAAAAGCAACAGAAGCUGAAGAAAAGAUCACUUUAACCAAAAAGCGCCUUGAAUUUCUGAAUUCUAGUGCUCUAGUUUCAAAAUAGGCCCAUCCAGAGUCACUACUUCAUUACCUAUUCCAGCUAAACGCCUAUCACAUCAAUUACCAUGGCCUGUUAUCAUUAAUCAGAUCAUUGCAUCUGUAGCAGUAAAUGCCUUGUGCGGAUCGGCAAAAUUAAUCGCAGCUCUCCCACUAUGUAUCAUCAUCGUCAUCAUCACAAGUACAGAUUUUUCAAAAUGUUGGUUGCUCUGGAUCGUUGUAUCUACCGUACCAUCAUUCCAUUGUGUAUAGAAAAAACAACAGACAUAAUUUUUGUUAGAGGGAUGAAUGUAACCUUCAGAUGAACUGUUUAUCAAUUUAUUGUAGAGUACUAGAAUUAGGUAUUUCUAAAUUAAUUCUGCAGAAGUUUAUGAAUGUAGUGUUAGGUAUUUGCUAACUUUAUUCUGCAGAAGUUUCCCAAUAAUGCCACCUUUGGCUACAUUUUUUUGCUUGUGAUUAACAGUCAUUGAAUUGAACCUCAAUAUAUUUGAUUUAAAAUCAGGUGCUAGAAAGUCCAAAGCAAUUGCUGGUAA